AUGACUGACAGGUUAUCUCAGAAAGUCCCGCCCCCACUGCCUGACAAAAAAAACAAACCCAUUUUGCAAAGGAAAGAACCAUCAAAUGAUGAUUUCAUUACAACCGACAGACCAGCAACUACUAUAAAUUUAUCUUCUUGCAAAAUUUGCGUUACAACUACUUCUACUACAACUACAACUACUACUAGCGCUGCUACUUCUACCGCCAAUACUGCUACUACCUCUACUGCUUCUGUUACUACCACUGCUGUUACUAAAACUACUGCUACUGCUGCUACUGAACAACAUUUUCAGGCAAAUAAGUCGGCCAUUAAAACGUGCAUUCCUAUAUCCACAACUAAAACAUCUGCCUCAACGAAUAGGUCUGCAUUAAAUAGAACAACGAGUUCAGCAGCAGUAGCAGCAGCAGCAUCAAACGCCACAACAGCAUCAACUUCAGAUACGACAGUAACAACAUCCAGCUACUCAAAUAUCAACCGCGCAUCAAUCUUUCCAUCAACCAAAAAGAAGCAGGUCCCUUCGUUAAUGCUACCCGACCGCAAACAAGAUGACAUUAAGAUCGUUUAUUACUCCAAACUCUCGCCUCCAACUGAUGCUACGGAGAUUAAAAACACCACAGAUCUCAACAACAACAACAACAAACAUGACAGCAACAGCAACAACAUUACAAAGUACUUCUUCAAAAGCAACAAUUCGCCAAAAAUUGUCACCUAUCCACAUUUUGAUAGACUGAAUGACGCGAUGAGGUGGUCCUACGAUAAAAGAAACAUCUACCAAAUCCAACCAACCAGCCCGACAAAACAAGCAUCUAGCAGCAACAACAUCCACAACAACCACCGCAGUAGUCACCACAGCAGCCACAGAACGAGCAAAAUUAUCCCAUCUUUAAUGACAGGCAGUUACGAUUGCCUAGAUAAGCUUUCAAACUUUUCAGAAACCAGCAGUAACCACACUAGCGACACAAACAACAUCCUCAAAAACGCCGACAAACAGCAUAAAAAUACAUCCAGGGCCGUCAGGUUGAAAUAUUUCAAGAAAAAUGAUCUGAGAAAAUCUCUAGAUGACAGGACGUUAUUGAGUAAUUCCAUUGAUCAUGAUGACAGCGACGGAAUCGUCAACUCUGGAGUCACUGCUGUUAAGGGAAGGAAAUAUGAAUUCAAAAAUAAAAUUUCUUCUAACAAAGAUUCAGAUAACAGAAAUACUGCAACCACCACUACUACUUCAACUACUAUUACUGCUGCUGCUGCCACUACUACCAAUACUUCUAGCUCCAUGUGUACUACUUGUGGUACUGUUACUUCUGUUACUACAUCAGUAAGUAAUACUGCUACUACUACUACUACUUCUGUCAAAACGAACGCUACUGCUAAUGCAGUGAAUAGUAACGACGAUUAUACAAAUGGUUAUAAUGAUAGCAAGAGAGCGAAUGAUGAUGGCGACGACGAUGAUGUCAAAAAAGUUUUGAUUGACAAGUUCAAAAGAAUCUCAGCCUUUCCGCAGUUCAUCCAAACCAAACUAGAACUCGAACAACAACAACAGAAGCAGCAACAACAACAACAACAGUCAAAACAUAACAACAACAACGACGACGACGAAAACAAAAACAACAACUCGUCUGACAACACGUUUCCAAAAACAUCGAUAAAAAACCUCACAACGUCAUUGGCUACGAACAUGCAGCCAUCAAAAAAGAACCCCCCACCAAAGGGGGCCGUUGCCACACCUUUCGUCAACCUUUUUAACACCAACAACCCCACUAACAACAACAACAACAAUAAUAAUAAUAACAAUAAUAAUAGUAAUAAUAAAUUAUCCAAACACCAAAGAUGUGGCAGCGUCGGUAGCAGUGUAAUGUUAAGUAGUCCUGAAAUCCCGCUGUUCAAGAAAGGGGGAAAGUCGCCAACAUCACCAAAAGGCAAAUUGCUGGUAGAUACAAGCACGAACCAACAAAUGCAGUCAUCAUCGUCAUUUUCGUUGUCAUCGUCACUACACACCAAAUCCAUCAAGUCACCUACAACUGAUGACCAGUUUGGUUUUUCCAGUGAAGAUGGUUUGUCAGACGAUGGUGAACUGAACGACGACGAGGACGACUGUAAUGGUGAUGGACUGGAGUUCAGUAGGCCAUCUCUGGACACCAUGAUACAAUCCAUUCCUAUCGUUCAAACUCAACAUACAAACCUCGACCUCUCGUCUGACAUCGAAACUUACGAACUGGCAGAAGAGAUGGGUAACUAUGGAUUCCGAAGCGCUUAA